AAAGUCGACCGCCGUCGUUCCAGUUCGUCCCUCUUCACUUCCUGUCAAGCUGCGCCGUCUAUUGAAGGUAGUGCAGUUGGUCAACAUGACGCACCAGUUCACCGCCUUGACUGAGGCUCAGAAAAAGGAACUCCAUGAGACCGCCAUGCGCAUCGUCUCUCCGGGGAAGGGGAUUCUGGCUGCGGAUGAGUCAGUAGGUAGCAUGGCCAAGCGUCUAGCGCAGGUGGGCGUGGAGAACACGGAGGAGAACCGUCGUCAGUUCCGCCAAAUACUGUUCAACGCUGAUGACCGCAUUAUCAGCUGCAUCGGCGGCGUCAUUUUCUUCCACGAGACGCUCUACCAGCACUCGGACGGCGGGGUCAGCUUUGUCAAGAUGAUUCGAGAUAGAGGCAUCCUGGUUGGCAUCAAGGUUGACAAGGGAGUUGUUCCUUUGGCAGGAACCUGCGGAGAAACCACUACCCAGGGUCUGGACGGCUUGUCAGAGCGCUGCGCCCAGUACAAAAAAGACGGUGCUUCCUUCGCCAAGUGGCGCUGCGUGAUGAAGAUCGGCGACGCCAACCCAUCCAAGCUGGCCAUCAGCGAGAACGCUAAUGUCUUGGCUCGCUGCGCCAGCAUCUGCCAGCAGCAAGGCAUGGUGCCCAUAAUCGAGCCCGAACUCUUACCCGACGGAGAACACGACCUGAAGCGAUGCCAGUACAUCACUGAGAAGGUGCUGACGGCGGUUUACCAAGCCAUGUCGGACCACCACGUGUACCUGGAGGGCACGCUGCUCAAACCCAACAUGGUCACGCCGGGACAUGGCUGCAGCAAAAAGUACAGCCCGGAGGACGUCGCAAUGGCAACUCUCACCGCCCUGCGCCGCACAGUUCCUCCGGCAGUGGCAGGCGUGGCCUUCCUUUCAGGGGGCCAGAGCGAAGAGGAAGCGUCCGUGCACCUGAACGCCAUCAACAACUGCCCCCUGGCAAAACCCUGGACCCUCACCUUUUCCUUCGGCCGCGCCCUGCAGGCCUCGGCGCUGCGGGCCUGGCGUGGACACAAGGAGAAUGAGAAGGCCGCUACAGAGCAGUUCAUCAGGAGGGCCGAGGUCAACAGUUUGGCGUGUCGAGGAAAGUACAAGGGCGCCGACAACUAUGCAGAUUCUGCACACGGCGUCUAUGGAUCCUGUUACUCAUACUAAACACGGUCAUCGAGCUGAGACUCCAUUGCCAUAUAACGUGAAUAGAUAUAGUGAUAUAGUCAGGAUUACUUGAAAUUUUCUUUAUCAUUUUGUCUUGGAGGUCACAUAUUUCUGAAACAAGAUGUAGGUGAAUACAAAUCCUUGCUUAAAUCCCCAUGAAACCCUUACUUGAGACACUAAAGAGACCUUUAAACUCAACUUUCAAAGACUAACCAAUGUUUAAAACCGCAAUUUGAAAUGCUCAACAUGCUUAAAACCUCACCCUGACUUGAAACCAUAUCCCUGAUUUUAAACAUGAAUUAAAUUAACCCAGAUAUUAAAUGAUAUUAUCAAAUCUUACUUUGACAUAUUAAUCCAGACUUGAAACCAGUAUUUGAGAUGCUAACACUUCCUUAAAACCCUAAACCUAGCUUGAAAUCUUAAUUUAAACCAUAACCGUAAAAUUGAAACCCAAACUGUGGCUCGAGACCCGAAUCAUGUCUUUUUGAAACCCCAAAUUGAAACUCUAAACUUAAUUUUAAACAGCAGCCCCGAUUUACAAUCCAAUUCCUGAUUUGAUAUGUAAUUUGAAACCAAAAGCAAUGAUAUUAAAUGCUCAUAUGAAAUCCUACCUUGAAACCCAAACCCUUGUUUGAAACCCUAACUUGAAACUCCAGCCCUUGUUUAAAACCCUGACCCAUCCUUGGACCCAUAACUUGAAACUCUAAAAGUGUCUUUAACGCUACUAUACUGUAAAACCCAACUAAGGCUAAAUCCUUGAUUUGAAACAUUAAUUUGAAACUGUAACACAGACAUUAAAUCUUAAUAUGAAACCCUAACCCAGGCUUUAAACUCUUAAUUUUAGACCCAAAAGUGUCUUGAAACAUGAUGGAUCUGCAUUUUGCCGAUAAACUGCAUGCAAAUGGAAUAAGAUGCCAACAGAACUGAAGUUAGCCCCAAGUGUCAAUGGUUGUAAAUCCAAAUUAAAAAACUAUAUUCCCCCUCCCCCCACACAAAUGGUUAACGUCUUUAGGUGUUUGAGAACAUUUCUAUAAUCUUGUUUUCCUAAAUUAUGUUCUUUUAGGUUCUUUAAAUAAUUUUAGAAAACAACUUUUAAUUAACUUCUUAUCAUUUAAGUGUCUUUGCCUUAAAUGUUGUGUAAUUAUGUGAUGCACAUUGAGUUACAUUCAGUAUGAAAUCUGCUGUAUAAAAACUCUACUUUAAAACCCUAAGAUUGGCUUUAAAUCUUAAUUUAAAACCAUAAUGCUUGAAAGCAGAACCCACAUAAAAACUCAAUCGAGUAAUGAAACCCAAAUUUGAGAACCCUAAACCUAGCAUCACAUGAAACCUGAAAUUGAAAUGCAUCAGUUGUAAUAAAAUUGGUGUUCCUGCACCCUUUGAUAGAAAAACAAUAAGUCUGUGUGUAUAUUGUUUCAGAGACUCCAUUCCAAAUAAAAAUGUUCAGAUGAAGCCAGA